AAAUAAUAAAGAAGUAUGAAUCAAGAGGUGUUUUUGAAGAAAUAAUGGUUUAUUAUGAGUCAUGAGGGAAAGAUUGAAUAAUAUUAUGAUAUCAAUCUUAAAAAGGUGAUUGGAUCAGGUACAUAUGGAAGUGUUGUAAAGGCCACCUUAAAGGGUACUAAAAAUCAUAGGGCUGUAAAAGUGAUUCCAAAAAGUAAAGUAAAGAACCCUGAUAGAUUCAAAAAAGAGAUAGAUAUUCUUAGAUAAUUAGAUCAUCCAAAUAUUAUAAAAUUAUAUGAAACAUUUGAAGAUUAGAGAAACGUUUAUCUUGUAAUGGAGUAUAAAAAUCAUAAAAUAAUUAAAGACUUUGUGAAGGUGGUGAGCUAUUUGAUCGAAUAAUGGAUAAAGGAUGUUUUAGCGAAGCAGAAGCACAUGAAAUCUUUUUAUAAAUUAUGCAAGUACAAUAUAUAUAUUGAAUAUCAAUUAUAGGCAUUGAAUUAUUGUCACACUAAUGGAAUUUGUCAUAGAGAUUUAAAACCUGAGAAUUUUUUAUUUUUAACAAAAGCAGAAGAUUCUCCAAUAAAAGUAAUUGAUUUUGGAUUAAGUACUUUAUUUGAAGAUGCUGUAUCUGCUAAAUAAGCAGGAAAUUAAAAAGUUACAAUGAAAACAAAAGCAGGAACUCCAUAUUAUAUAUCUCCAGAAGUAUUAAAAGGUAGUUAUGAUGAAUCUUGUGAUAUAUGGAGUGCAGGUGUUAUUUUAUAUAUACUCUUAUCUGGAGUACCACCAUUUUAUGGAGAUAGUGAUCCUGAAAUAUUAGAUGCAGUUCAAAAAGGAGAAUAUACUUUAGAUAUUCCAGAGAUGAAGGCUGUAAGUGAUUCAGCUAAAAAUUUGAUAUCUCAUAUGAUUACAAUACCUGAGAAAAGAUAUAAAGCAUCAUAGGUUAUCUAACAUAAAUGGAUGAAAGAUGGUAGUAAAUAAACUAAAUGUAUAAAUAUUUAUAUAUAAUCAUAUUUGUAGAAUUAAAAUUAAAUUUUGGUCAAUUGAAAAAUUUUAAUGGGAGUAAUAAACUUAAGAAAGUUGCAUUAACCUUUAUAGCAUCCUAAUUGAAUGAAUAAGAAAUUGCAGACUUAGGAAAGUAAAAUAUAGAAUUAAUUUAUAUUAGACUAUUUAAAUAAUUAGAUAAAAAUGGUGAUGGUGUUUUGACUAUUGAAGAAUUGAGAGAAGGAUUAACAGGAAUGAAUGAUACAUAAGCAAAAGAAUUAGGAAAUGUUAUUAAGAGUAUUGAUACUGAUGGAAAUGGUACAAUUAAUUAUACAGGUAUUCUAUACAAAUAUUAUUCUAAGAAUUUUUGGCUGCUACUAUGGAAAAGUCUUUAUAUAUGAAAGAAGAGAAAUUAUAUUAAGCUUUUAAAAUGUUAGAUUUAGAUGGAAGUGGAAAAAUAGAUAAACACGAAUUGCAAACUGUCUUAGGAAGUAAUAUAUUGUUGAGUAUUUUAGAAAGUGACAAUAUUAUUGAUGAGAAAUAUUGGGAUGAUAUGAUUCGUGAGGCGGAUAAAAAUGGAGAUGGAGAAAUAGAUUAUAAUGAAUUCAUAGAAAUGAUGGAUAAAUUUAGUUUAUUAAAUUGA